AUGGAUAACUUUCAAUACCGUGCGCAGCAGUCGCCUGUAACCGACGCGCCGAUGAACUCGCUUGUCUCACCACCAAGAAAUGGCAACCGAAUGCCCCAACCAGACCUUCGGACCACCCUGCCUCGUCGCUUCACCACCGACUCGGGGCGUGUACCAACAUUAUCGACGCUGAACUCCCUUCAACGUCCUGUCGAGCCUCAGGAGUAUACCACGGCUUUGAACAAGAAGAAGCAGGAGUACGAGACUCUUCUGGAGCAGAAACGGCGCUUCGAGGCCGAGAUGAGGAAAUUCGAGCUUCAGCAGCGUCAGGACGAGGCCGAGUUGCGGCAGAUGGAAAUAGACCUGACCAAGAACAACUUGUUUGGUUUGACAGGUCAUCAGUCUGAGCCCACAACGCCGCCCGAGUAUCGAGAGUCGUCGAAUGGUUUCCCGACCAUGUUCUCGAGGCCGAAUCGAUAUUCACUUUCAAGCUUGACAUCUCCCCCGGGCCUGUUCAAUCGAUCCGCAAGAUCGGGUUCUCAGUUACAAUCGCCCCAAUCAGGCAUCAUGCCCUCUCAAUCGCGCCCAUUUGCCUUUGACGAUCACCUGCCUUCUCGGUCAGUACCAGGAACCCGGAGAAACAGCGACGAGGACGAAAAGGAAGAAGCGCUUCGCCAGGAUCCUACCAGCCACCGCUCAACCAACGCCCUCAACCGAUACUCUAUGCCUGUCACUCGCAGAGGCAACCCGCUGUACGACAACAUUGACCAGACCAACGCCGCUGGAUUCUUGUUCCGCGACGACGAUUCCAACUUGGAGGGCAAUUACACUGCCCUAGAUACCAGUGAAGACGGUUUCCCUAAAUUGGUCAAGGGCAAUCCCAACCGACUCUCUACGUCUUCUGUCGCUGUUGAUCUCAGUUCUCUCAGCACUGCUAAUCCCGAAGCCUCCAACGGCUGGAACAAGAUGGCAUCCCUCCACCGUGCUCAGCAAAGCCUGUCAAACAUUGACACGGUCCAAAUGACGCCUGCCGAGUCGGUGGCAUCGGGCUAUGGCAGCUCGUCCUCGGAUGCUAACAGCAUCAGUGGACGUGCUGGUUUCCGACACUCGCUGGAUCUCGCCAAGCAGCAAGGUCUCGAUUUCAGCUAUCUCAAGGAUGCUACAAACGACAGUGUCAAUGUCAUCAAGUCACCCCCGGCAUCUCAAGCCAUGCCCCCGAAGCUGCAGACCUCUUUCUCUGCUAAUGAUAUUCACACUGUCAAGCCCGGCAAUUCUGUCAAUGGUUCAAACGCCAAUGCUCAUGCACAGCAGCAUUUCCACAACCACAAUGCUAGCAUUGGUCGCAUCCCCCCAGGUGCUAUUCCCAAGCAACACAAUCGCGAGCUUUCCAAUGACGGCCAUGUUCCCAGCCUCCCGCAGGCCUCCACCUAUCCAUCCAUUGGCAGUGCUCUACAUGCCAACGCGCCCGCAUUUGGACCAACUGGACUGAAUUCUCAAGGCCCUACAUCUGGUGCCGCACCCGUCACCUCGCCUUCCGGUUCUGCUGUCAACAACUACCCUCCCUAUUACGGCAAUGGCGGCUACAACCCCCCAGGCAACCCCAAUGGCUCCAACUAUAACAUGGGUAUGCUGAUGCAGGGCAUGGGUAACAUGAACAUCAAUGGAUACCCUCACCAAAACUACCCUGGUUACAACCCCAUGUACCAGUCCGCACAGCCACGUGACUCUCAGCAGCGCGUCAUCCAAGCACGCCGUGCUCAAGACAAUGAAGCAAUGAGCCGUUUCAAUGGAGCACCUCUCAGCAACUUCCAGGGUGGCAUCCUGGAGCUCUGCAAAGAUCAGCACGGCUGCCGAUAUCUUCAGAAGCAGUUGGAGAACCGCCUUCCCCAUGAAAUUCAUAUGAUUUGGCUGGAGACGAACGCUCACGUUGUUGAUCUCAUGAUGGACCCAUUCGGCAACUAUCUUUGCCAGAAACUGCUCGAGUACUGCACUGAUGAUGAGCGUACUGUUCUCAUUCGUAAUGCUGCCGAAUCAAUGACUCGGAUUGCAUUCAACCAGCAUGGCACUCGAGCUCUUCAGAAGAUGAUCGAGUAUGUAACUCUACCGGAGCAUGUUCAGAUCAUCAUCGAGGCUCUGCGCUUCCAGGUGGUUGAGCUCAUCAAGGAUCUCAAUGGCAAUCAUGUUAUUCAGAAGUGUCUCAACAAAUUGUCUUCUGAAGACAACCAGUUCAUCUUCGAAGCUGUCGGCAAUCAUUGUAUUGAGGUUGGAACUCAUCGUCACGGCUGCUGUGUUCUGCAGCGCUGCAUUGACCAUGCAGCGGGCGAUCAAAAGAUUACCCUGAUCAACCAAAUCACUGAGAAUGCUGCUCGCCUUGUGCAGGAUCCGUUUGGCAACUACGUUGUGCAGUACAUCAUCGAUCUCAAUGAACCCAGCUUCACACAGCCAUUGGUGCUCAAGUUUCUCGGCAGCAUAGGAAGACUGUCGCGUCACAAGUUCAGCUCCAACGUUAUGGAGAAGUGUCUUCGCUGUGCUUCAGACCAGUCCAAGGAGUUGAUGGUCUCUGAAAUCCUCAACUCUGGCGAGAUCGAGCGUCUGCUUCGCGAUAACUACGGCAACUACGUUGUUCAGACUGCCUUGGAGCAUGCUCCUCUCCAGGCCAAGAUGCAGUUGAUCGAAGUCAUUCGUCCCAUCAUUCCAACUGUUCGCGGUACACCUUAUGCCCGUCGUAUUUCGGCCAAGAUCAUGGCUUUCGACAACAACCGUGGCUCUGCCAAUACCAGCGGACAGACGACUCCUUCUGAUGCAACCAACGGCCAGAUCCCGCUGCGAAACUCUGGAUACACUCCUGGCAACGGUGCCGGUGGCUUGAGAGGCACUGGCGAGUACGGAAACGGCACUCGCAGCCGCGGUCAGUCCAACUACCAGCCCAACGCAACUGGCAAUGUUGCACCCCCUCAGCCACCCCGCUUGAACCAAGGCUACACCUAUCCGGGCGGUACUGUGCAGCCUGGCAAUGCCGAAGGCCAGUUCUUCUAG